AUGGCACCUUCCCACUGCCCCGCCAAAGACGACCCCCAUUCCGAAUGGCCACGGUUCUGUCCUGCUGUUGGCCCUGCAUACUUAUACACAGUCCUUUUCGGCCUCACAUUCCUCACACAUUUUGUCCAAGCUAUCACCUACCGCAAAGGCUACUGCUGGGUCAUCACAAUGGGUGCCAUUUGGCAGACCGCAGCCUAUAUCUUCCGCGUCCUUAGCAUCCAGCACAUUACGAACGAGACUUUCUAUAUUCUCUGGUUCGUGCUUAUCCUCCUUGCGCCGCUGUGGACCAAUGCCUUCGUCUACAUGGUCUUGGGCCGUAUGGUCUACAAUUACACCUCCACCGCCAAGAUCCUUGGUGUCAAAGCCUGGCGAUGCACCUUGAUCUUCGUGCUACUAGACAUCCUAGCCUUCAUCCUCCAGCUCACGGGGGCAGUCAUGGCAUCAGGCGAUGAUCUGACGAAUGCACAGAUCAUGCGCGGUUUGCACAUCUACAUGGGUGGGGUCGGCAUACAGCAGUUCUUCAUCCUCUGUUUCCUUUUCCUGGCCUUCCGCUUCCAACAGCGGAUGAAACGCGAUACUCCCAUGGCAUCAAUGCACCAGCCGUUGGCGCUUCUCUACACCAUCUAUGCAGUCCUGUUUCUGAUCACUGUACGUAUCAUCUUCCGCUUGAUCGAAUAUGCCAAGGGAUAUGAAACUGGUAUCCCGACUCACGAGGCGUACCAAUACGUGUUUGACUCCACGGCCAUGCUGAUAGCGCUGGCGUUGUUGAACGUUGUUCAUCCAGGCAGGAUCAUGCCUGGAAAAGAGGCUGACUUCCCGAGCCGGAAGCAGAGGAAGGCGGCGGGAAAGGAACACCUAUGGGGCCGUGCAGGGGAGCAGGGUGGUGAAGGAGGAAUGACAUAUGAAUCAAGCACAUCAGGGCAAGUGCAGGAAGUAGCGGAGAUCAAAGUCUAA